CUUGAUCUCGCAAGCAGUGGCUUUAACAUAGCUCUUUUUUUAAAGUACAGAAGUUGAGAUCAUUGCCACCAGUUCCGCAACGUCAGAACGCAGCUGUCUACCGCCGUCGUCGGAUCAAAGCGGGAGGGAAGCACGGUGGAGUCGCAGCAUCACAUCAAGCACGGAGCAAGCAAGCAAGGUCGUCGCAAUCACGGGGGAUGAGUUUGGCACCACCGCCGCGUUGGGCCGAGGCUCCGGCGCGCGUGGUGGGGCAGCUGCACCUGCUGCUGUGGAAGAACCUGCUGGUGACGCAGCUCUACCACCACUACGUCGUCACGGCGGUCGAGCUCCUGCUGCCGGCACUGCUGUCGUACUUGUACGGCGUUCUCGAGCUGGACUUCUCGAACGCGUUGCCCGCCAUGGAGGACGGUACGCGACGGCGGACGCUCCGGGACGCCUUCCUCGUGUACUGGUCGUCUGCUCCGGAGCCUUACUUUCCCGCCGAUAUGAUCCAGAAGACCCAGGCGGCUCCCAAGCCUCCAGCGCCGAGCAAGAACACGACGGACGAGAAGGUGAACCUGCUGUACAAGGAAGGGCUCUCCGGCCACGUGCUCGCCUCUCUGCCCUUCGUGCUGGUGCUGGGAAUGCCUCUGCCGGGUUUCGCGUACAGGGUCUCCAUGGAGCUCAACAGCGGCGCCAAGGAGCUGAUGGAGGCUUACGGCGUCAGCAGCAGCGUCUACUGGCUGGGCAACCUGCUGGUGGAGCUGGUCAAACUGAUGCUCAUCGCCCUGUCUCUCACGUUGCUCUGGAGCUACACGGAGCUGUUCAAGGGCACCGCUGCGAACGUGCAGCUCCUCCUCCUCGCGUUCUUCUUCGCCUCGUCGCUCGCUCUCUGCCUGCUGAUCGCAAGCUUCGCUACGAGGCCCGGUGUGGCCGCCCUGUCUGUGGUGGUGAUGACGCUGACGACGACCCUGCUGCCCGUGGUGUCCCUGGUGGGCUACUCGGUCGAGUACAUCAACAUGACGCGCUUGCUGCAGCUGCUGAGCUGCCUCAUCCCGGACGUGGCCCUGACGUACGCCUUCACCAUGAUGCACAUCAACGAGGAGCUGGGAGGCCACCUCAUAACGCUCGACAACAUGAGGAACUUCGUGCUGCGCGACGUGUCGCUCUACAAGAUGGUGCACGCCAUGUUGGCCACCCUGGGCGGCUGCCUCGUGCUCACCACGUACGUCGACAGGGUCUGGCCCGGCGGAGGGAGCUUGCCCGAGAGGCCGCUGUUCUUCGCCGACCCCGACUAUUGGGGCAUCAAGUACCAUCUGUUCGGCUCUACACCGAGGGUCCGGCGUAUUAGCACCGAGAAGUACACCAUGGAACCAGUGCCACUGGAUUUGCAGCCUUUCGUGGUUAUCGACAAGCUGACCAAAAACAUCGUCACGCUGUUCCGGUCGGUGACGGUCCUGAAUAGGGUGAGCAUAAAGUUGUACGCCGAACACGUCACCGUGCUCCUGGGAACCAACGGCAGUGGCAAGUCGCUCAUCCUGAAGAUCGUCAGUGGUCUGUCGAGGCCCAGCGGGGGCACCGUGUACGUCGGCAGUGGCUACGACGUGCGCCAGGACUUCUGGCACGUCCGCCACCUGCUGGGCUACUGCCCGCAAACCGACGCGCUGCUGGACGAGCUCAGUAUCGAGGAGAACCUGUUCUUCUUCGCGCGCCUGCGCCAUAUGGGCAAGCGCAAGGCGGCCAGCGAGGCGCAGAUCUCGCUCUACGAGUUCCAGCUCUUCAACCGGCGCAAGGAGAGGGUGAGGAGCCUCAACUUCAGCGACAGACGCCGCCUGCAGCUCGCCAUAGCCAUGGUCGGGUCGCCCGCGUACCUCCUGCUGGACGACCCGACGGUGGGCGUGGACCUGGAGACGAAGCACAGCUUGUGGGAGAUUAUCCUAAAGGCGCGGCAGCGUUGCGGCAUCCUGCUCGUCACAAACUCCAUCGAAGAAGCCGAACUACUGGGCGACCGCAUCGCGAUCAUCUCGCAGGGCGCCGUAGCCUGCUGCGGCUCUUCGAUUUACCUGCGCAAGCGUCACGGUAUCGAUGCGUUCCUCGAGCGCUGCAGGAUUCUCGGGCUCGUUGUUGUCAUUCGACGAUGCGUCCGCUGCUCCGGCUAUCGGUUCCCCAUGCUGGUGGACGAAGAGAGCGACGUCGCCGAGCUGACGGCCUUCAUUCAGCGCCUCCGUCCAUCGGCCAAGCUGUACAUGGAGCGGCGUCGCGCGGUGGUCUACACCAUCGGCUACCCGGGCACCGCGUCCCUCAUCGACCUACUGCGCGAGCUCGAGGCGAACCAGAAGCAGCUGGGCAUCACGCGCAUCGGCGUCAACACGGCCUCGCUCGAAGACGUCAUGCUCAGGUCCCGUUUGGGAGACUUCGUUAAAGCUAUACAGGGGCCGCUUUGGGUCCACAGCGAGCAGUCAGAAUUCUCGAUGAGCGAUGUCGCGCCUUCAACCACCAGCAGGCUUGAUAUGCAAGGUCGGACGCAGGUCGUUGCCUCGACGCUGUUCAUACGCCAAGUGGAUGCCCUGGCGAGAAAGAAGUUCGCCAGCGGGCGCCGCAUUCUGGGCGCGCACGUGGCCUUGGUGGCCGUACAGCUCAUCAUUGUGGCAUCUAUGGUCGCCUACGUCUCCUCCCAGUACCCUUUCGUCCAGAUGCAUCGCCUGGGCACGGUCGGCAGCGCUCUCGAUAAAAUACGCGUGAUAUCGGCGCCUAAAGGCCGCGCGUUCUUCCUCUCGCUGGACUUUGAUCGGCUGAGCCAGGAGAUGCAUGCCGUGAUCCUCAAGGUGCGGCUGAUGAUGGGUGCGUUGUUGCCCGUGGCCAUGUCCCUGUCCACUGCGCUGCGGCUUUUGCUGCCGCUGCAGGAGCGCAAGUCGGAAGCGAAGCACCUGCAGUUGAUGACGGGCCUGAGUCCGGCGCGCUACUGGACCAUCACUUUCCUCAUCGACAUGGUGCACCACGUGCUCACCACCCUGCUUCUGCUUACGCCCUUCUUCAUACCAGCCCGCAGCGACACCGUGUGUCAGACGUUCACCUACAUGGACUCCGCACCGUGGCCCCAUGGGGAAGAGCCCCCACUUGACAGCCCAGUGGCUGCCAUGGAGAAAGAGAUCCGCGAUACUGAAUGCGGCCAAGGGCCCUUCUUCUCGCUGUUCUUCAUGUUCGGCUGGUCGUUCGUGCCGAUGACCUACCUAACCAGCUUCAUGACGGACCAGAAGAUCGCCGGCUACGUCAUGCUCGUGUUCAGCGCCUUCUUCUUCGGUUCGGUGACGAACAGCUACAUGGACAUAGUGGGGCCCGGCACGGUGUCGAACUUCCGACCCACGGGCUGGACCUCGGAAAUGGCCGAACUGCUGAUGGUGCCCCUGCGCCUGCUGCCCCAGUACGCGGUGGGCCACGGCGCCGGCGAGGUGCAGGCGGCCUUCUCAGAGCAUGCCGCCUGCUGCCGGCUGCAUCGCACGCUGCUGUGGUACAUCUGUACCGUGCCGCUGACCAGCUACCCAGAGGCGCAGCGGCCAUUCGCCAGCCGCAUAAUGUACUGCUGCCAGGCCGACUGUCGCAAUGGUUCGGAGUGCGUCACCAUGGAGCCGCUUCGGUCGUCGUUGAACGUGCUGUCUUCGGGCUGGGACCUGCUUAUGAUGUUCCUGAGCGGUAUACUCUACUUGGCCGCAGCGGUGAGCUUGGAGAUGCACCUGGGUCUGCCCCACUGCUUGAAGCCCGAGCCGCACCUUGGGCACCACGCCCCGACCCAGCUGGCCAACGUCCAAACGCACCACCCGUCCGUCACCGAGGAAGCUGGGAUCGUUAAGAAGCUGAUCGCAGGGGAAAAAACGGGAGACAACCCGCACCACGUGACGGGACUACUGGUCAGCGAGCUAUGCCUCAAGACUGGCGACUUGGGUCCACUGUCGUUCCACGUGGAGCAGGGCGAGGUGUUUGGCAUCAUCGGCAUGGAGGGGUCCGGCCGUUCCUCCCUCUUGGCGGCUAUCGCCGGGGAAGAGGCGCUCACCAAGGGCACGCUGCUGUUCAACGGAGCUUCGGCGACCGUUAACAAAGCCGAGUACCAGAGGCAGAUCGGCUACUGUCCAAAGAACAACCCGAUGGUAACGAGACUCACGAGUCACGAGAUGCUGCAGCUGAUUGCUCGGCUGCGAGGUCUGCCCAGCACCGCAAUCGACGAAAAAGUGUCCUUCAUCGAGGGAAAAGUGGGCCUCCGGAACGUGCGCGACGAACGCGUCGACAAACUCAGGCCGUGCGACAAGCGCAAGCUGUCCGUGGGGCUGGCUCUGGUGGGGAGCCCCAAGCUGGUCAUCCUCAACGAGUGCACGCGUGGAGUGGACCCGAUGUCGCGGGGACGCCUCUUCCGCUGCAUGGAGGAGAUGCAUAGCAGCACUCAAACGAGCAUGGUCUUCGCCUCACACUGCCUCCGCGAGUGCGACUCGUUCUGCGACCGGGUGGCUGUGCUGGAGGGCGGCGAGUUCCAGGUGAUCGGCGAGACGAGCCUGAUGAAGGAGGGCUGCCAGCAGCGCUUCACCGUCACCGUGCGCCUCACGAAGGACAAGGUGCAGGAGGGAGACUACUUCAAGACCGUCAACCGCGUCAUGAAGGCGCAGUUCCCCUCUUCGCUCAUCUCUGACAUCCGGUCGGACAUGUUGCAGUACACCGUCAAGGACGCGGCCAUUCCGUGGAGCGACGUGUUCGUGCGCAUGGAGAAGAUAAACGAGGAGCUUGACUUGGAGGACUACGUGGUGUGCGAGGCCUCGCUGGCCGACGUCUUCCUCGGCUUCUCGCACGAGCGCAAGGUGGUGGACUUCCGCAGCGCCGACAUGCGCGUCUACUCCGACUCCGACCCCAUCGAGGUGUUCUCCGACGCCCCCGCGACGCCGACGCUGCUGCGCCAGUGAACCUCGCGUCUUCCGGCCUCGCGGGGACAUUUAUCAGCGCACCCCCAUUGUGUCAAACACACACCCCGUACAACGCCAUAGCGACAUACAAAAGUCUAUAGAUGUAAUAUCGCAAACCUGCGUGGCCAGCGUUGGUAAAAACGCUGGUCUUCGCGUAGAAAAACUGUUGUACACACCGCUCAACGUUUCUUUUUUAUACGGGAAUAGUGGACUGUGAAUGAGCAACGGGUGUCCCACAAUCAUCGAAAGCAAGGAAGCCCAAAAAAAUUCCAUGAUCAGUGCGAAAAAGCCGUCGUUCGAGAGCUGUGGGUACAUAUACUGUCGCACUAUCAAACACUGGGCUCAUCGGUGACUGCUAGGACCCCUUCAUUCAUCAACCGAUUACUGCUCGAGAGACAGCAGUUUAUUAGAUACCGUCUAUGUUUAAUGCAAGUCCGCGGGCUUAAUUGAGAUAGCGUCUGCACCAUAUAGUAAAUGAAAUGCACAUAAAAAAACACUUGUACAAGCGAUACGUUUGUGGCCCUGUGAUGCACUAAACAUCGAUACAGAAUAGGCAUAGAAAAAAAAUCGAUUCCCACAGUCUGAUCACGUUUCGCCAACGUGUGCACACGCUGGUGCCUUCCCUAU